CAAAUGCAAUUUCAGCAACACAACAUGAUGAUGCCUCAGCACGUCCUCGAUCAAAACAUGAUCCCUCAGCAAUCAUGUCAGAAUAUGAUGUCUCAGCACGUCGAUCAAAACAUGAUGCCUCCGCAGCAAAGUUGGCAGCCGGAACCAAUGGUCGUCGCACAGCAACUACAAGCUCGCGAACAAGUAAUGAUCCAGCAACAUCAGCAGCAGCAGCCUCAACCUGGUGCGAAUGCGGGCAUCAUGUUGGGAAUGACAGGAGGAGACUCAACCUCGUCAAUGGCAAUUGGUCGUGGAUACAAUCCCACGGCUCACCAGGUUGUAGGACAGCAGCCUCAACAAUGGCCUUGUUCGGGUGUUGCACCAGCAGUCGGCACUAUGAUGAACGUAGCCCCUAA